AUGGUUUUUGAUGCCUCCAGCAAAACUCCUGGUGGAGAAUCUUUAAAUAAUAUCCUGGCUAAAGGGACAAACCACCUUCCAAAAAUCCCAAACUCUGUUCAACGGUUCCGAGCUAAACCUGGUGGAGUUACUUGUGAUGUGUCCAUGGCAUAUAACCAGGUUGAGCUUGAUCCCUCUAACUACCGAUACCAACAGUACCUCUGGAAGCCUGAUCUGGAUCCCUCUUGCCCUGUGGAAAUUAUGAUUGUGCGCACGCUGAUCUACGGAGUUAAGUCUGCUGGAAAUCAAUUAUUCUCUGGAUUUGAAAGUGUUGCAGAUUAUUGUUUGGAAAAAUUUCCUGAACAUUCUCCCGGAGCUCUCGCGUUAAAACAGGAUGGUUAUGUUGACGAUAUUAUUCAUGCAGCUGACUCUCACGACGUUGCAGUCUCCACAGCCAACAGCCUCGAUUUUGUCCUCCAGUCUGCCAACCUCGCCGUUAAAGCCUAUACUUUUGCUGGUGCUCCUCCCUCUGAAGCAGUCUCUAAAGAUGGAAUCCAUGUUGGUUUACUUGGUAUGGUCUGGGACCCUGCUCAAGAUCUUCUUGGAAUUGAUAUAAAGGAAUUAUAUUUUGGAAAAUCUAAGAGAGGAGUCCUGCCAGAACUUGUCUCCGGUGAUAUUAAGGAUGCACUCCGACGAAACUUUACUAGACGAAACCUGCUUGGUAAAGUUGCUGGAAUCUAUGAUCCUAUUGGCCUCGUCACCCCCAUCACCUCCCGUCUCAAGCUUGACCUCCAUGACCUCUGCCUGGAGAACCUCGACUGGGACGACAAGGUUCCUGACUCCUACCUGGAGAAGUGGUUGGUAAAUCUACAGGAUACUCAAGGUUUGAAAGAAAUUAGAUUCCGAAGAACUGUGAUUCCCCCUGACGCUGCCUCCCUGGACCUUGGUUUAAUUGUUUCCUCCGACGCCUCCAAAUCCAUCGCCGUUGCCUCCGUUCACACCAGAGUUCUCCUCACCUCCGGAAAAUAUUACUGCCAGCUCUUCACUGCCAAAAGCAAGAUUGUUCGGUAUGAUACCAUUCCUCGUGGUGAACUCCGUGCUGCUGUCAUGUCCUCCUCCCUCGCCCACUCCGUCAAGUUCAACCUCAACUCCCAGUACUCCGACUCCAUUUAUGUUACUGACUCAACUAUUGUCCUCCACUGGCUCAACCAUGAUGAAAGACCGCUGGAAACCGCCGUCAGGAAUUCAGUGAUCGAAAUCAGGAGACUUUCUGAUCUGAAGAGUUGGUUUCAUAUUGACGGAGCUCUAAACAUAGCUGAUCUUGGUACUCGUCACACAGAAACCUUCGAGAUUGGUCUUGACUCCGAGUGGCAAAAUGGUAAGGCAUGGAUGUCUUUGCCAAUUGAAGAAAUGCCUCUGAAAACCAUUGAAGAUAUAAACCUCUCCAGUGAAGAAAAACGUGUUGCUUCACGAGAAACUAAAACACAAGUCCUCUUUAACGACCUCCCAGAGAUGAUUCCUCGAGUCUCCGAGAGGUACGAGUUUAGUAAAUAUAUCUUCAACCCGAACCAGAGAUCCUGGGAAUCCUCCGUCCGAGUUGUCUCUUAUAUUCUCCGAUUCAUCUCAUGUUUCAAGAGAAAGUUCAAUCCUCCUUGGUUUCCUCCGACGUCUCUGAUGCCUCUGACCUCUACAGCCUACCCAUUUAUCCUCCAAAAUCGUCCUCACCUGACCGAUGAAGAGAUAGAACGCGGUGAAAACUAUUUUUUCUUCAAAACCAUGAAGGAAGUAAUUAAGUUCUCCCCAGAGAAGGAGUACAAGAGCUGUUAUGUUGUGAAGAAUGAGAUCUAUUACUAUGUUGGAAGAAUCCUGGAUGGUCAAGAAAUAUACACCCCUGAAGAUACCAUGCUGGAUUUGUCUCCGUUAUCCUUUGUCCGCCCUAUUGUUGACAGAUAUAGUCCGGUUGCAUACUCCAUUAUGCUCCACUCUCACGAAGAAUCUACCCACCACAGAUGCUCCACUACCUCUCUCCUGGAGUCUCGCUCCGUUGCAUUUAUCCUCCGAGGCCGUGAUCUCGCUGUGGAGGUUACUAAAGCAUGUCGGUUCUGUGUCAAGCAUAAAGCUAAGCUGAUUGAAGUUAAGAUGGGGCAACUCCAUGACUCUCGUCUCACCAUAGCUCCCGUAUUCUACCGAGCUCAGGUGGACCUCUUUGGGCCUCUGACCGCCAUCUGUGAGCAUCAACACAGAAGUACAGUCAAAGUCUACGGCUGUGUUUUUAAGGAUCCUGCAAGUUGUGCUGUUGCUAUCUUCGUCAUGCAAUCCUAUUCUACUCCAGCCUUUAUACAAGCCUACACCCGUUUCUCCGCGAGGUAUGGUCAUCCUUCGGAGCUUAGAAUUGAUGAAGGGAGCCAGCUGAUGUCUGCCUGCAAGAAUAUGGAGCUUUCUGUAAUGGAUAUCUUGGAUUUCCUCGCUGUGAACCAUCGUGUUGGAAUUAAAUUCUCUACCUGUCCUGUGGCCGGUCACAAUGCCAAUGGCAUGGUGGAGCGCUCCAUCCGUGAGAUAAAGAACCUCCUCAAUAAAGUCUACUCUGGUCUCCGCCUGGAUAUUCUCUCCAUGGAAACCUGUUUUUCGUGGAUUGCGUCAGAACUCAACAAUCUCCCGAUUUGUAUUGGAUCUAGAACUGAUAACCUCGACCACGUCGACCUCAUCACGCCCUCCCGCCUCCUCCUAGGUAGGAACAAUCGCCGUGCUCUGAGUGGAUAUCCAACUGUAUCUUCUCCAUCUCGUCUGAUCGAGCAGAUGGAUCGUGUGUAUGAGUCCUGGUGGAAAGUAUGGCGAACCCAGAAACUCGUGGAUUUUAUUCCUCAACCAUCGAAGUGGAAGAAGACAAAUGAACAAUUAAAACCUGGUGAUAUAGUGAUUUUUCUGAAGUCUGACUCCGAAAACCGUCUCGGAGAACCUGUUUGGAAGAUUGCUCGAGUGAAGGAGAUUGAUGUUUCCAAAGAUGGUUUGUCUAGGUCUGCAACUCUGGAAUAUCGCAACCCUAGUGAAAAGACCUUUAGGACAACCCACCGUAGUGCAAGAUCGGUGGUCGUUGUUCACCGAGAAGGAGAUCUGGACGUUGUGCAGUCCCUUGAGCAAGCUGCUCGGGGACUUACCCUGGAUGCUGGCUGA